GACAACUUUUAUGCUUGAGGUUUGGUAUCAUUCAACUAGAAUUUGGUGAAAUCGUAUUUUGCAAUAUGUUUAGAGUAUAAACGUAUUAGAGUUGUAAUAUCGAAUUCUACUUUAAAAUUGCAUGAUUGUGGAAUCUGAAUGUUUGAAUAAGCCAUUGAUUCUAAAGUAAACAAAUGGUUAUGAUAUUGGAACUAUACAUAAAAUACUAAUUAUCAUAAAUUUAGAAAAUGGAGUUUCAAGCAGUUGUAAUGGCAGCUGGUAGAGGAUCAAGGAUGACAGAAAUUACUUCAGGUUGUCCAAAAUAUCUUCUUCCAGUUGGAAAUUUACCUUUAGUAUUUUAUCCUCUUUAUACUUUGAAACAAGCUGGAUUUCAGGAAGCCAUUGUUGUUGUACCUGAAAUAGUGAAAACAAAAAGUUGGGUUGACAUGCUGUCUGGUCGAUUAGACAUGAAAUUGGAUAUUGUUUCCAUUCCUAGUCAAGAAGAGUGGGGGACUGCUGAUAGCUUACGUUUUAUUAAAUCAAAAAUUAAAACUGACAUUAUAGUGAUUACAUGUGAUUUAGUGACUGAUUUUCCUCUGUGUGAACUGGCAGAUAUUUUCAGAGCACAUGAUGCUAGUCUAGCAAUUUUGCUUUCAGAUGUUCCAUCUUUAAAAGAUGCAUCCAUACCUGGAUAUAAAGGGAAACAUCGUGAAGAGAAAGAUAUUAUUGGUAUAAACAAUUGCAAUGGAAAACUUGUAUUAUUAAACUCUGAAGCUGAUUUUGAAGAAGAAAUACCAAUGAAAGUAUCAUUAUUGAAAAGGAAUCCUAUAAUACACAUGUACAGCAAUUUAAUGGAUGGCCAUGUAUAUAUAAUGAAAAAGUGGAUUGUUGAUUACUUGAGCAAUAAUGAAAGCAUAUCUACCUUAAAAGGUGAACUGCUUCCAUUACUUGUGAAGAAACAAAAGAAAAUAAAAUCAAAUAAAGAAUCUAAUAUACAGAAUAUGACAUCUUCAGUUACUUCUUUUAAUGUUGAGAAAGAUAUUUACAGUUAUGUAAAGGAAGAUAGAAUAAAAGAUCUUAUUUCUAAAUUAUCUGAUAAGUGUGAUAUGGAAGACAAAACCCAAAUUUCCUGUUACGCUCAUAUUGCAAAAAGCAGUUUAUUUAUGAGAGUUAAUACAUUAGCUGCUUAUGCCGAAAUAAAUCGACAGAUUUCUAGACAUUUAUCAUCUAUAUCAAACAAGUUAAAUUUAUCAAAAUCACUGAUGACAACAGCUCAUCAAUAUAAAUCAAAUAUUAGUAAUGAUUGUAUCAUUGGUGACCAUACAAUUGUUGCUGAGAAAGCUUCAAUAAAGAAAUCAGUUGUGGGACCAAACUGUCAGUUAAAAGAAAAAGUCAAAAUUAUCAAUUCUGUUAUAAUGGAUCAUGUAACUAUCGAAGAGGGAUCACAUAUUCAAGGAAGUAUUAUAUGUAGUAAUACUCAUUUAGGAAAACAAUGUGAAAUAAAAGAUUCGAUUAUUGGUCGAGGACAAAAUGUGGCUGAUUCUUGUAAACUUUCACAUCAAGUUUUGCAAGACGUUGACCGUUUAUUAGAGAUACAUAGAGAUAUGAAGGAGUGCAUGUCGAGAGUUGAUAUUUGGCACAGAGUAUUAGAUGCCAUUUUUAUGCCAAAUCAUUUGUGCAUAAAAAAUCCAAACUUGAAUCCUAUAAUACACAUGUACAGCAAUUUAAUGGAUGGCCAUGUAUAUAUAAUGAAAAAGUGGAUUGUUGAUUACUUGAGCAAUAAUGAAAGCAUAUCUACCUUAAAAGGUGAACUGCUUCCAUUACUUGUGAAGAAACAAAAGAAAAUAAAAUCAAAUAAAGAAUCUAAUAUACAGAAUAUGACAUCUUCAGUUACUUCUUUUAAUGUUGAGAAAGAUAUUUACAGUUAUGUAAAGGAAGAUAGAAUAAAAGAUCUUAUUUCUAAAUUAUCUGAUAAGUGUGAUAUGGAAGACAAAACCCAAAUUUCCUGUUACGCUCAUAUUGCAAAAAGCAGUUUAUUUAUGAGAGUUAAUACAUUAGCUGCUUAUGCCGAAAUAAAUCGACAGAUUUCUAGACAUUUAUCAUCUAUAUCAAACAAGUUAAAUUUAUCAAAAUCACUGAUGACAACAGCUCAUCAAUAUAAAUCAAAUAUUAGUAAUGAUUGUAUCAUUGGUGACCAUACAAUUGUUGCUGAGAAAGCUUCAAUAAAGAAAUCAGUUGUGGGACCAAACUGUCAGUUAAAAGAAAAAGUCAAAAUUAUCAAUUCUGUUAUAAUGGAUCAUGUAACUAUCGAAGAGGGAUCACAUAUUCAAGGAAGUAUUAUAUGUAGUAAUACUCAUUUAGGAAAACAAUGUGAAAUAAAAGAUUCGAUUAUUGGUCGAGGACAAAAUGUGGCUGAUUCUUGUAAACUUUCACAUCAAGUUUUGCAAGACGUUGACCGUUUAUUAGAGAUAUAACAUACUCAUAAUAUUAAAUUAAUGUAUUAUAAUAACUAAUAAAUUGUUUGAUAC